UCAAAAGAAAUUAUCCGUUGCUUAAAUUUUAUUGCUUAAAGCAUUACCAUAGGCUCACAUUUUCUUCUCAACGGAUACAUAUAACUCUCAACAUAUGAACAAAUUGUUAUUUUUCUGUGAUCCAACACUGAUCUGAACAAACCCUGCAUGGCUUCAACCUCAUCUUCUUUCAAUCAAGGAUAUGUUUACCAUGUUUUCUUAAGCUUUAGAGGCGAAGAUACGCGCGAGACUUUUACCGGUCAUCUUUACAAUGCUCUUGAUCAAAGGGGAAUCAACACUUUCAUAGAUGAUGAAGGGUUAAGGAUUGGAGAAGAGAUAUCACAGUCUCUUCUUAAUGCAAUAGAAGAAUCAAGGAUUUCAAUCAUUAUAUUCUCUAAGAACUAUGCUAAUUCGACUUGGUGUCUGGAUGAACUUGUCAAGAUUCUUGAGUGUAAGAAACAGAAAGGACAAGUUGUUUGCUCGGUUUUUUAUAAUAUUAGUCCGUCGGACGUUAGGCAUCAGAGAGGAAGUUAUGAAGAAGCUUUUGAUAUGCUUGAAGAAAGAUUUCAAGAUAAGAAGGAAAAGGUGAAGAAAUGGAGAUUGGCUUUGACUGAAGCUGCAAAUCUUUCUGGAUGGCAUUUUAGUAAUGGGUAUGAAUUUAAAUUUAUCCAAAGCAUAGUUGAUGAGGUGUCAAGAAAACUGAAUCGGAUUCCUCUAAACGUCGCUACACAUCCGGUUGGACUCCAAGCUCGCGUAUCAGAUGUUAACUCGCUCUUAGAACUAGAAUGCAAUGAUGUUAAAAUGAUAGGAAUUUAUGGUAUUGGUGGAAUUGGUAAAACAACCAUUGCUAAAGCUGUGUACAACACAAUAUAUGAUCAAUUUCGAUAUGCGAGUUUUCUAGCAAAUGUGAGAGAAAGUGCAAGUCAUAAGGCUGGUUUGGUUAAACUCCAAGAGAGACUUCUUUUUGAGAUACUUGGAGAGCAAGGAAUGAAAUUAGGCAAUGUUGAUAAAGGAAUCAAUGUAAUAAAAGAUAGGUUAUGCAGAAGAAAAGUUUUACUUGUUAUUGAUAAUGUGGAUGAUGUGGAGCAAUUACAAGCAUUAGUCGGCGGAUUUGAUUGGUUUGGUCCUGGAAGUCGGAUUAUCAUAACUACAAGAGAUAAACAUUUGUUAACCGCUCAUGAAAUUGGUUUAACUUAUGAGGUGAAGAAGUUAAACCAUAUUGAAUCUCUUCAAUUAUUUAGUUGGAGUGCAUUUAAAAGAAGUGAACCUAAAGAUACUUAUUUGGAAAUUUCGAAUAGAGCCGUUUGUUACGCAGAAGGUCUUCCAUUGGCUUUAACUGUUUUAGGUUCUGAUUUGUGUGGUAGAAGUAUUCGUCAGUGGGAAUCUGCAUUGGAUAAGUACAAGAGAACUCCUAAUAGGAAAGUGCAAGAUAUACUUAGAAUAAGUUUUGACAGUUUAGAGGAAAAUGAGAAGGAGAUUUUUCUCUAUGUAGCAUGUUUCUUUAAAGGAGAGAUCAUGGAAUAUGUUUCGAAAGCGUUGCGCGCGUGCGAUCUGCAUCCUGUUAUCGGUAUCGCAGUGCUUGUUGAUAAGUCUCUCAUAAACUUGGAUGAAAGAGGUGUAUUGUCGAUGCAUGAUCUUAUACAAGAUAUGGGGAAGGAAAUUGUUAGGCAAGAAUCACCGACGGAUCCUGGAAAACGUAGUAGGUUGUGGUAUUAUGAGGACGUGCUUCAAGUACUAACGGAUGGAACGGGAACUGACAAGAUUCAAGGUAUAAUGCUGAGCCUACCUGAAAAGCAAGAGGUGCAUCUAAAAGCUCAAGACCUAAAGAAGUUGAGAAACCUACGAAUGUUGAUAAUUCGGAAUGCUGAAUUUUUCGGAGGCAAUGUAAAUCUACCUAACAGUUUAAGGAUGCUUGAUUGGGAGGAAUACCCUUCUCCAUCUUUACCAUCUGAGUUCCUUCCUGAGAAAAUUGUAAUGCUAGAGUUGCGGCACAGUCAUAUAACAUUGAACAAGCCAUUCAAGAACUAUGCAAAUAUGGCUUCUCUGAAUCUUAGUUCAUGUGAGUUCUUGUUAAAAAUACCUGAUGUUUCGGGGAUACCGAAUUUAGAGCAAAUUAUUCUAGAGGACUGUAAGAGCUUAGUUGAGAUUCAUGAAUCUCUUGGAUCACUUGAUAAACUAGUUUAUUUAGGCGUUGAAAGGUGCACUGAGAUAAAAAAGUUACCAAGUGUCCUAAACUUGCCAUCUUUAUCAUGCAUUGCUCUUAAUGGAUGUUCUCAACUUGAGAUUUUUCCUAAUUUGCUAGGGAAAAUGGAGAAUCUGAGAAUCAUCGAGGCGGACGAGACGGCUAUACAAGAAUUGCCUUCUAAUAUGGUCAAUUUCAGCAACCUUCAGGUGUUAGUACUAAAGUCUUGCGCAAAUCUUACGGAUCCUAAUAGAACCAUUUCGUCGUUGCCAAAUCUUGAGUUACUUGAUAUUUCUGGUUGUCCAAAACUUCAACUAUUUCAAAAGUCCAAUGAAAGUUCAUCAAAUUUAGAGUUAUCACCAAAAGCAUGUCAAGAUUUUGACUCUUCAGGCAUCGAAUCCACGCAUGGUUUCCCGUUAUUGGAAGCACUCGAACUCAGUAACUGUAGUCUAUCAGAUGAAGAUCUGCAUAUCUUCAGUUGCUUUUCCAACCUCACAUCCUUAGACAUAUCAAGAAACCAUUUUCUAACCCUACCAAAAUGCUUCAACAGACUCGGUACCUUGCAGAAGCUUUACAUGGCCAAUUGUAACAACCUUCAACAAAUUCUCGGGAUUCCGUCUAAUUUAGAACAUACCGAUGCUACUAGUUGCACAAUGUUGAAUGCACAAUCAUUGAACCUGUUAUUAAACCAGGGAUUCCACAAGGCAUUUAAAUUUGAAGUUAUAGCACCAAGGCCAAGAUUACCAAUGCCAUUCAAGUUCAACUACCAUAGCAAAGAAGGAUCCAUGUCAUUCUCGAUUGGUCAAAAGUUCCCAAGAAUUGCUCUAUGCUUCAUGUUUGAACUAGGAAAUAAAAGAGUUGGAUUUUUCGCUUGUGCAGUCGAGAUAUCUAUUAAUGGACAGAAAGCAUCCAAUAAAGAACAGUACUUCCUAUCAGUUUCUGGUGAUCUUGUAUGGCUGUAUCAUCAAGAAAAUCUGAUAGAUUUAAAUACAUAUUUAGUGCAUGAACAUAAUCACGUGGAAGUUUCUUGUGACAUUUUUGACAUGGUUAAAGGCGCGGAUGUGACUGUAUGCUUUUCUGGAGUUCAUGAGUACAAGGAAGACGAGGAAGCACAUGAAUAUCAAUAUCAAUACGAAGAUAAGUUGGAAAUUGGGUGUUGCACCAUGCCUGAGAAUUUAAGGCUUCGUGAAACAUCAGAUGAACAGAUGCAAGAACUUUCGCCUUCGAUAAGCUCAGAAAAGCUUGAAGCUAAUGGUUCUAUGGCUCAGAAGAAUCGAAAAACUAGAGAUAUUUUUUCAGAUAAUACAAUACAUCAAAUCAAGGAGAUAUCUUCAUUGGAUAUGCAGCUAUAUGAUGAUAGAAUUUGGGAUCCAAUGCUAUUAGAAUGUCAGUUAAACAACAAGCAUGAGAAGAAUAAAGACAACAUCGAAAUGGAGCCAACGGAUCAUGAAUAUAAUAGCAAUGAUAUUUCUGUGAUUCCUAUGGAGCAUGACAACAUGGAAGCAUUUUAUUCUUCUCUACAUGCUGAGACAUACAUUUCAUUAGGAGAUACAAGUGAUGUUUCAAAACUGGUUUAUCCUAAAAUGAGCGAAGAAACCAGAAAAGCCUUGGAAAUUUUGAAAGAACUGCUCUCAAAACAAAUUUCUCAUCUUAUAGAACCAACAUCAACAACAUCUAUGAGAACUACUUUGGAAUAUCUUUGUACUCUAAUUGCAGAAGAUGAUGAUGUCUCAAUGAGGUUAAAGUCGGUAAUACUACAACUUUUAGCCGAUUUUACUCAGUGGAGCUGUGACUACAACGAUGCAAACAUGAAACUUGAGUCCUCAAUUUUAGUACUAUCAAAGCUACAAAAUCUUGAAGAGGGUGUUGUAGCCAACAAGGAUCAGUUCAGUGAGGUUGUGUCCAUAGAAAGUGGGUUAACAGGCCAACUAGUUUAUUUGGAAGAAAGAAUGAAAGAGCUACAAGAGAAAAUAAGUGUAGUUAAAAUGAACAUUUCAAUCUCCGAAGUGGCUAGGGACGCUGCGGUUAGAAAGAAAAGAGAAACUUUUGAGGAAGGAAGAGAGUUGAAAGCUCAAAGAGAUGAGUUGAGGAAGCGAAGGCUGCGGUUGAGAGCAGAACAAGAAUCGGCCAAAGUUACCAAAGGAUACAUUGAGGAUGAGUGGUCAAAGAUUGGAGAGAAAUUUGAUAGAAUCUUGAAAAGAUUUGAGUUAGAUUAUUGAGCAAGAUACCAACAUUUCAUCUACAUCCAAUGAAUUGUUCUCGAAGCUUUGAACAUUUUAUCUGAUCUUGAUUUUUUUUUAUUUGAUUUCAAAAAAACAUGUCCUAUCGGAUUUUAGGAGAUUGAGAUCGUUAGGUUGCAACAUUUGUCAGUG